AUAUGUCAAUAUAUAUUUAAACGUCAAAUGAUUUCAUAGAACCCGUAAAAGUCAGCUGUGAAUCCCAGUUCUCACUUACUUCUCUGAUUUUCCCCCUUGUCAACUAUUUGGCUGGUUUUGUUUUUUAUUUAUUGCUGUCCUCCUGGUCAGUGUGCUCAUGUCUCUUCUUCUCUCCUUUCUACUGCUGUCCCCUGUGGUCCCCUGCUUUGAAAGGAAGAUUAACUCUUUCCUCCCCAGCAAACGACCUUUUUUUUUUUCCCCUCUCUGAUCUUCUUCCCCUCAAGACUCCCAGGAUGGUUAAGGCUGUGGAUUUGGGUAGAUCCGAGUCUCCACACUGCUGUGUAACUUUAAAAAUGUCAAGCCGGGUUGCCAUCUGCUACACUACGCUGAUGCUCCCGCAUUCGAUUUUCAUUGGCGUGAAUUGUUGUGAUGUUUUGUUAUUUACUUAGUUUCUAGGUCACUAGUUUUUUCUCAUUUUGUUCCCCCACUUCCCACACACAAUUGUACAAAUCUUCUCUUCCUGAUGUGAUAAUCUUGAUGUUAGUGACACUUCUUCCAGAACCCCUGGUCUGCACCUUUUCGGGGCUGAUUGCUGCCCUGGGCUGUGUGGCUCUCAUCCAUGGCGGCCCCUGAAUUGCCAUGUGGGGGACCUCUUUCUCCUGUGAGGUCUGCUGGCAUCCAGGUCUUCUUUCUUCGUCACCCCAGGGUGCACUGGAGGUCAGGAUUUUGAGACCUUUCUUAUCAGGCUCAUGAUUGAUGGCUUAGUUGGUACGGAGCCCUGGGUUGGGCAUUAUUUUCCCUCGCGAUUUCAAAGGCAUUUGUGCCAUUUGUUUUUAUGUCUCUAGCGUGGCAUCUAGAGGAACCACCCUGGUUUGUCCUCACGCCUUCGUCCCCAGCUUUCGUGGUGUUGGCAGGAUUUUGUUUGUUUUUAAUGGCGGUUGGCAGCUGUCGUUUCCUGACAUUCCACGCUGUGCUUUGGUGGAGAAAACCCAAACCCUAAGUUCCGCAACAUCGUCUUGGAAUUUCCCCCAUUUCCCCCUUGAUCUCCUAUAGCAAUCCUUAAUUUUCAAAGCUUUCAGGUUGUGUUAUUCAGCUACGUCCUAUUUUCUGGGGAGAUUCCCCCGCCCCUUGAAAUUUGAGCCUUUUUUUGUAUUUCAAAUUUCUGUUCGCCACUCUUCUUCUGCUUGUUUUAUGAUAUCCCACUGGUGAUUUUCUUUCGUGGGUGCCAUGUAUUUUAUUUAUUUACUUAACUUCAGAAAACAUUUAUUUAUUUGAGACAGGGGGAAAUGUUUAGUUCUUUAUGCAUCUGAGCGUUUGCCUGCACGCAUGUCAAGUACCACGUGCUUGCCUGGCACCCUCGGAGGUCGGAAGAGGAUGGUUAGAUCUCCCUGGGACUGGAGUGACAAACACUUGUGAGCCACCACAUGGGUGCUGGGGACUGAACCUGGAUCCUCUGUAAGAGCUGCCGGUUGUCUGUACUUCUGGGCCAUCUCUCUGCUACCUAGUGACUUUCUUUUGAGACUCUGGCCCUUGCAUUUCUGAACCUCUUACCUCCACCUUCCAAGGGCUAGGAUUACAGGCUGUGUCCCAAUGCCCGGUCCAUACUGGCUCUUAUGCAUGCCAGGAGAGUACUCACUCUGCUGAGAACUGUAUGAUGCCCCGUCUCCAUGUCUUUUAACUUCAGACUUUAAAAAUACGUGUAUAUAAACUUACACGCUCUAUCUCUGCUUACUCUGAGCUAUUAUUUUUUUUUAUGCAUUUUUUGUUGUCUUUUCUCAUUAAUAGCUUUUCUCAGAUGUCUGGCAAUCCUUGUUUGUCUACUUACAUUCAAGAGUAUUAGGUCUUUUAUUGGAGGAGUUCUCAAUAAUCAGAUCUUCAGGCGAUCUCUCUUAGGCUGGCCAGAUAGUCUACACGAGAAUCUUUCAAGCCCCCAGUGUUAGGAUGAUAGUCAUGGAAGUCAGGACUCCGGAGGCAACUGUGGAUAGUGCUGGACACUGUGCGUCCACUGUACUCCAGUCUCACUUUGUUCUUCUGUGUGCUUUGUAAACUUGUGCCUGAGGGAUCCUAGACGUGAGACCUUGUUUGAGCUUUUCAGGGAAAAGAUGUGAAGUCUUUGGUGGUUGGGCAGUUACCUGGCCCCAUGAAGUCGGGGAGAGGUCUAAAAUCCAAUCCCUUCUUCAGAGGGCUUUGAGCUAGUCUGUUUGUAGUACUGUGUCCAUCGGCUUCUGGAACCUGGAUCUGCUCCUCGCUGAGCUUCUCAUCCGUUCUGUGGGAGCCAUUUGCAGUUCACUUCCCCACUCUGCUUGUUUGGACCAUGUGAUGAGGUUGGCAGCAUCAGUUACUGCGUGGUCCUCUGUGCCCUGCUGGCCUGAUGAUUGUAGCUGGGUCUGACGUCCAAGCGCCUGCAACACGAUUUGAAAAGUUAUCUCUUUUAAAAUUAUUGUGGUGCAGUUUCAGGGGCAGGUCUUCAACUUGCCACUUGGCUCAGAAGCCUUCCUCUUCUUUUCCUCGCCGACAAGCAGUCUGUCCCGGAGGAUAGAUGUCAGGUGAGCCUUUCCCUGGACAGUGGUCCUGAACAGAAGCACACAUGGUCUCUGAUUAGAGCCUGCGCCUUUCCUGUUUCUAGGAAGAGGUAACAUUGUGGGGUCAUAGUGGAUGGUGUAGAUGCAUGCUGUCUUAUUCUCCUCUUGCAUGCCCAGGGGACUGGCACAGUCACACUCUGAAGGAGUGGAGUUAGGAGUGUGUCGCUGCUCUCAAUGGCUUUGGAUCCCUUUUCACGGUCUGUUUGUCAUGUGGCGUUGGCCUCCUCUUCCGGAAGAUCAAGGCAUCUCUCUGUGGAGCGUGGGUGAUCAGCAAUGGAGUGUUUUCGAGCACUUUGCUGCAAGGGACCACCACCUGCGCGCCCUGAAUAUGAUUUGGUUUGCAUAGGUCUCACAGGCUCUGGGAAGAGCAGUCUGUUGUCCAAGCUCUGCAGCGAGAGCCAGGAGAGCGUCGUGUCCACCACAGGUUUUAGUAUAAAGGCAGUGCCAUUCCAGAAUGCCAUCUUGAAUGUAAAAGAACUUGGAGGAGCUGACAAUAUCCGGAAAUACUGGAGCCGCUACUACCAAGGAUCUCAAGGAGUCAUAUUCGUAUUAGACAGCGCCUCUUCAGAGGACGACUUGGAAACGGCUAGAAACGAACUGCACUCGGCUCUUCAGCACCCACAGCUGUGCACUUUGCCCUUUUUAAUAUUGGCCAAUCAUCAAGACAAGCCCGCAGCCCGAUCAGUGCAAGAGAUCAAAAAAUAUUUUGAACUUGAACCACUUGCUCGUGGAAAACGCUGGAUUCUGCAGCCCUGCUCGGUAGAUGACAUGGACGCACUGAAAGACAGCUUCUCUCAGCUCAUAAACUUGUUAGAAGAAAAAGACCUUGAGGCGAUGAGAAUGUGAAAUCUGACACAAAAGAUCCCCGAAAGCCUUGAGCCAUCAUGUUAGUUUCCCGUUCUGAUUUCAUGUUGGUGUCAAGACUGUCCAUGGCUGCAGUAUCUGUUUUCCUCUAGCUAUUUCAGACUUUCAUCUCUCUGUUAAAGUGACUGUUCUGUACAUCAGGUGAAUUAGCAUCGGCAUUAACGUCAAGUACACACUACUGAAAGAGAAUUUAUUCUCUGUUUACCACUAAUAAUCUUCAUGGCAUGUCUCUUCCUUCUGUUGGUCUAAGACUCUCUUCUAUACUUUGUGCUAAAGUGGAUGGAGCUCACAGCUCAUGGGAAUGAAACCCCUUCUGAAGAAAGAAAGACUCACAUGUCUUCACUAAUUCUCCCUGGGCUUGAGAUGGGAGGAUUGUAACUGACUCCACAUGAUGUGUAUGCCAUUUCCAUUUCCAUGAUCUCUUAGGGGUUUGAGUUUUUUACAUUUUAUUUAUCUUGUCUGUUCUUCAUAUUAGUGUGUGUGUGUGUGUGUGUGUGUGUGUGUGUGUGUGUGUGUUGAUUUUGUAGGCUAUGAGUGAACGAUGACCACCCAGAGCUUCACCCAAUCAUCUUUUCAUAAACCUGGCUCUCUCUCAGGACCUAGAAAGCAGAUGUGCACUGAUUGUGUGAUUCUGCCUGCAGCCAUGUUCCCUCCCUUAGGAGGAGGGCAUCCUAGUUGAGAGAGUCGGAGCACAUUUAGGCAAGUACAGGCAUCACUGAUUCCCAUUUGAUCGAGUCCGCAAAUAUUUCUUAAUAGAGUCAUUAGUCUGCAAAAAAAAACAAGCCGCGACAUAAACAUUUGCUUUUUCUAAAAAGUCAGAAAUGUUUGAAUGAAAUCAAGAAAAUGGCGUUUCAAAUAAUAAAACCUAACAGCCAAAGUUUAAUUCACGGUUAGGAUUGAAGCUGGCAUGGAUUGGCUCAAACUCAAAGACAAAUCCUAUUAUCUACUCAUCAAGUGCUGAUGUUGCUGAGGGGGCCCUGCUUAUUAGGCCUCCACUUAGUAGUUACAGGUAUGUCAGUAUUGCUAUUAUAAACCUCUAUUUUCAGGGGUGUCAAUGUGCCCUUAGAGUAUGCUGGGCUACAGCAAAUUCAUUGGGGGCCUAGACUCAGUCUUUGGAACUAAUUUUUUCCACUUAAUUUAAAUGAUAAAAUUGCAUAGAACAAUGUACAGUUUUAGUAAGAUUUAACACCUUUGACCUUUUCUAAAUCAGGAAUAAUCUAUGAAGAUUGACAUUCAUGGGCGAAAUAUUUAUUGGCACAUCUUGCAAACUUCUGACUACUUAUUAAGUAUAUACUAAGUGGCCAAAUGAUAGAAAACUGCUCCCUACACCCAAGCAAUAAAAAUGUGUCUGUCAUUUUUAGGUAGUAUAGACUGAUAGCCUAGACACCACAGACUCAGUGCCGCAUUUAUCACAGGGUGACGGAAAACCUGUGACUCUCUAGAGGAUAGUCUCCAAACCCCUCACAGUGCUCAGAUGUAGCAUUUGAGAUUUCAUCUUGUAAAUGGAUUUUAAUAAAACAGUCCCACACUUCUUUAAGCCUAUAUAUAUAUAUAUGUAUAUGUAUGUAUAUGGCGUACACCAGAGAAGGAUCCAUGACGACUCAUUUGGUAUAAAGUAUCCCUGAAUAUUUUCAACACCGUGUGAUAAUCCACGGGCAGCACAAACCUUUAAUUCCGAUUGACCAGUUACACAAUUCCUGUUUUUACUUUGUCCUCUCUUGCUCAUCUUCCGUGAAAAGAGAUAAAUAAAUAAAUGAUUUUUUUUUUCUCCAGGCUUCGCUCUGCCUGCAGGUUCAUUAAAUGUAGAAUGUUGUCUUUUGGAAGACACUGUGGCUGUGUGCUCCUUACCAUCUGUUAAAUGACUUCCCGUUGCCUGUGUGUGUUCGUGCGCGUGCGCGCCGGCACUGGGCUUCUCUGCAGCAGCCCGGAGACUGUCUGCAGCGUCGCAGCCGUCAGAAUGAAAACAUGAUCAAUCAGUACCCAACAACAGCUGUUUUUGACAAGUUUCUGUCUGACGCCUAAUGCUUUACAACUGUCGAUAAGGCUCUCUCUUUGUCUAGCAGGUCGGAGCGCGCUGUCUUCCCGCUCGUCUUGGCAACCAGUCUCUGUAACCCUAGAAUUUGCCGCGUUUGGGAGAACACGCGUGGGGGAGGGGAGAGGGAAGGGAAGGGGCUGUGCGGUCUUGUUCUUACUUCCAUGUAAAGUGCCACAGGUGUCUUAGUUUGCAUAUUCAGAUACAUAGGAAAACAGUCUGUUGUGUAUUUCUUCAGUUAGCAUCUUGUUAUAUUUAUGGAAGUGACCCAUUUUUUGUACCUUCUUAGCUGAAGCAGUUGCCUUUUUUUAUACUGGCAAUUAAUUUAUAUAAGACUUUGUAUCUACCGUAGUUUACAGUAUUGGUUGCUGGGUAACUGCCAUAUUACCCUGUCUUUCUAUUGAGAUAUAUAUAAUCUAUACUUAAAAGUUGACAGGUUCAUGUGGACAUUUGCUAGGCAAGGAGAACUCUGCCUCGUCCGUGAUUUAUAUGAUUUCCACUAUCUUGGAAUGAAAAUAAAUGCUUAGUAGAA